UUGCCGGCCCUGGAACCCACGGCACAAUAGGUGCAACAAGGCCUGGCCACCGCCGCAGAGGGGACAAGCUGCAGCACCUUAGACCCCAGAGCAGAAAGCCAGACUGGGCCUUUAUCCCCAGAAGCUGUGCCCCAGGAGCCGAGAUCAGCUUUAAAAAAUGAGCAGAGAGGAAGCACGAGCCAGCAGGUGAACGAACGAACGAGGGAACAGGUGGGUGUUGAGGCGGAGAUCCGGCGGAGGCGGUUGAGGCGCGAGCAGCCGCCGGUGGCCCGGCAGCUGUCAGCGUCAGGAGCUGUCCAUCUGCCAGUCUGUUUAUCUGUCGCUAGCUGGGUCUAGGUGGACCGGGAGGUCUGACCGCUAGAAGCAACAUGUCGGCGGCCGGGCUCAAGAAACAGUUCUACAAGGCCACCCAGCUGGUCAGUGAAAAGGUUGGAGGAGCUGAAGGGACCAAGCUUGAUGACGACUUCAAAGAAAUGGAGAAGAAAGUGGAUGUUACCAGCAAGGCUGUGGCAGAGGUGUUGACCAAAACCAUUGAGUACCUGCAGCCCAACCCGGCCUCCCGAGCCAAGCUGACGAUGCUCAACACCGUGUCGAAAAUUAGAGGGCAGUUGAAGAAUCCUGGCUAUCCACAGUCGGAAGGGCUCUUGGGCGAAUGCAUGAUUCGCUACGGAAAAGAGUUAGGCGAGGACUCCAACUUUGGCGAUGCCCUUUUGGAUGCUGGUGAAUCAAUGAAGCGCUUAGCGGAAGUGAAAGAUUCCCUGGACAUAGAAGUCAAACGGAAUUUUAUCGACCUCCUCCAGAACCUUUGUGAUAAAGACUUAAAGGAGAUCCAGCACCAUCUGAAAAAGCUGGAGGGCAGACGGCUGGAUUUUGACUAUAAGAAGAAACGUCAAGGAAAGAUAUCAGAUGAGGAGUUUCGGCAAGCGAUGGAGAAAUUUGAAGGGUCCAAGGAAUUGGCAGAGACCAGCAUGCACAACCUCUUAGACAGUGAUAUUGUUCAGGUGAGCCAGCUCUCAGCCCUGGUGGAUGCCCAGCUGGAUUACCACAAGCAAGCGGUUCAGAUCCUGGAUGAACUGGCAGACAAGCUGAAGCGCAGGAUGCAGGAAGCCUCUUCCAGGUCUAAGCGGGAAUACCAGCUAAAAUCUAGAGAGUCCUUUGACUUUGGAGAGCCUGCUCAAUCCAAUGGAGGUGUCCCUUGUGCCUCAGCCCCCAAGAUCACAGCAUCUUCCUCUUUACCAUCCUCUGAUAAGCCCAAGCCCAUCAGGACUCCCAAAAGUCGGAUGCCAUCUCGGGACCAGCCCAGUUGCAAGGCCCUGUAUGACUUUGAACCUGAGAACGAUGGGGAGCUGGGUUUCCGGGCAGGUGACAUCAUCACACUAACCAACCAGAUCGAUGAAAACUGGUAUGAAGGCAUGAUCAACAGUCAGUCAGGCUUCUUCCCCCUCAAUUAUGUGGAGGUGCUGGUCCCACUACCUCAGUGAAAUGACUACUAUCCAUACCUCCUUCCUUGCCCUCCCAUCCUCUUCCCUUCUCCUGUUCCCCCUCCCUCCCCCCAUAAUAAGGAAAGCCAAGUCUGAU